CAUGUUGGCUGAACUGACUGCAUUUUUCAUGCAUUUUCUAAAUUAUUGAUCAUUUUACAUAAAUUUUCUGGAAAUAUACAAACAUUGGUAAAAAUGGAAAUAACUAAAACAAUCCUGCUGUCUCGGCGCUUUGUGGACCGUUUUUUAAGAAUGGCAUCGACUGACGUACUUGGACAAGUCCUAUCAGGGACACUUGUGGCUAAACAACUUACGGAUAAACUCACCCAGGAUGUAGCCCGGCUUAAGCAAAGACUGCCGGGUUUUGAGCCAGGUUUAGCUAUUGUUCAAGUCGGGGGUCGAGAGGAUUCAAACGUUUAUAUUAGAAUGAAAAUUAAAACUGCUGGUGAGAUCGGCAUCAAAGCACAUCACGUUAAAUUACCCCAAACCACGACGGAAGGAGAGCUUCUUUCAAAAUUGGAAAAACUGAACGACGAUCCCAACAUUCACGGCAUUAUCGUGCAAAUGCCCCUUGAUACAACUAACAAAAUUGACCCCCAUUUAAUCACAGACGCGGUAUCGCCCGAAAAAGAUGUGGACGGUUUAAAUACUCUAAAUGAGGGCCGAACGGCGGUCGGUGACUUGCUGUCUUUCAUACCGUGCACCCCUAACGGCAUUAUGGAACUUAUCAGACACACCGGGAUCAAAGUUGAAGGCGCCGAGGCUGUAGUUUUGGGAAGGAGCAAAAUUGUGGGUACUCCUGUUGGUGAACUCUUAAAAUGGGCCCACGCUACUGUGACAAUUUGCCACUCAAGAACCAGAAACUUGGAAGAAACGUGCAAAAGGGCCGAUAUUUUGGUGGUGGCUGUGGGAAAACCGGAACUGGUGAAAGGGAGCUGGGUCAAGAAGGGGGCUGUGGUGAUUGACUGUGGCAUUAACGCGAUCCCAGAUCCCACUAAAAAAUCCGGCCAGAGACUAGUCGGCGAUGUCGAUUACGAAUCGGCCAAGAAAGUAGCCUCCUACAUCACCCCAGUCCCUGGAGGUGUAGGCCCCAUGACAGUGGCAAUGCUAAUGAAAAACACGGUACAAAGUGCCCAGAAAGCCCUCAACACCUUAUUAGACGCAAAAUGGAACUUGCGCAUCAUUCACAUGCGACCACAAAGACCGGUCCCAAGGGACAUAGAUAUCGCCCGCGCACAACAACCCGUCAACAUCCAAAGUCUAGCGAACGAUAUCGGGAUAUACCCCAGCGAAUUAAUCCCGUACGGCAACACCAAAGCCAAGGUUUCCUUGUCGGUUCUGGACCGACUAAGCGACCGCAAAAAUGCCAAAUACAUCGCAGUUGUGGGGAUGACGCCAACUCCUUUGGGAGAAGGCAAGACCACAACUUCGGUGGGCUUGGCCCAAGCCUUGUGCGCCCACAAGGGCCUGAACGCGAUUGUGACGCUGCGACAGCCGUCCUUAGGCCCAACUUUCGGUAUCAAAGGAGGUGCCGCUGGCGGUGGCUAUGCCCAAGUGAUUCCAAUGGAAGAUUUCAACUUGCAUUUAACCGGCGACAUCCAUGCCAUCACCGCUGCUAAUAACUUACUAGCGGCUCAAAUUGACGCCCGAAUUUUCCACGAAGCCACGCAGGCCGACACCGCGUUGUUCGACCGCUUGGUUCCGACCCUAAAAGGGACGCGAAAAUUCUCCCCAAUACAACUGCGACGCCUCAAAAAGCUUGGCAUUAGUAAAACCGACCCUAAUUCCUUAACACCAGAGGAGAAAACUAGAUUCGCUCGCCUGGAUAUUGACCCAAAAUCGGUGACUUGGAAAAGAGUCUUAGAUAUCAGCGACAGAUACCUCCGUAAAGUCACAAUUGGACAAUCACCGACCGAAAAAGGCCUAACUCGCGAAACGGGUUUCACAAUAGCCGUAGCAAGCGAGUUCAUGGCAAUCCUUGCUUUGGCGUCCGACAUGAAGGACUUGAAGGAACGCGUCUCUAACGUCGUUAUUGGUUUUAACAAGAGGAAGGAGCCCGUGACUGUUGACGAUUUGGGGGCCACGGGGGCUGUUACAGUCCUGCUCAAAGACGCAAUGCAACCGAAUCUGAUGCAGACUUUGGAGGGAACCCCGGUCCUGGUCCACGCUGGGCCUUUUGCCAACAUAGCCCAUGGAUGUUCGUCGGUCGUGGGCGAUAAAAUCGCCUUCAAACUGGCCGGCGAAAGCGGCUAUGUUAUCACAGAGGGUGGUUUCGGGUCUGAUAUCGGAAUGGAAAAGCUGUUUAAUAUCAAAUGUCGCACCUCGGGAGAUGCCCCGAACUGUGUGGUUUUGGUAUCAACAAUUCGGGCGCUGAAAAUGCACGGGGGUGGCCCCGCUGUCACUCCUGGCGCCCCCCUCAAGCCCGAAUACACACAGGAAAACGUGGAACUUUUGGAAAAGGGACUUCCCAACUUAAUCAAACACAUCAGCAAUGGAAGGAAAUUUGGGCUUCCCGUCGUUGUUUGCAUUAAUUUAUUCGAAACUGACACGGAGGCGGAGAUCAAGCUGGUCCAGAAGGCCGCGAAGGAGAACGGCGCCUUCGACGCCGUUGUCAGCAGCCACUGGGCCGACGGAGGCGCUGGGUCCAUCCAGCUGGCAGAGGCCGUCAUUAAAGCGUGCCAGCAACCCAGCAAAUUCAAACUUUUGUAUGACGCGAACAAAUCCCUAGAUGAGAAAAUCCAAACCAUUGCGAGGGAGAUGUACGGUGCGGCCAAAGUCACCUACACCCCUGAAGUAACAGAACGGUUGAAGCUUUACGAAGAAAGGGGUUACGGGAAAUUGCCAAUUUGCAUGGCGAAAACUUCAAUGUCGUUCACUGGAGAUCCGAGUAUUAAAGGGGCACCGACCGGUUUCGAGCUGAAAGUUUCCGAUGUUAGUGUUUCGGUGGGGGCGGGAUUUGUGGUUCCAAUUGCAGGAGAGAUUUCCACAAUGCCGGGGCUGCCCACAAGGCCGGCGCUGUACGACAUCGACUACAAUAUUGAGACCGGACAAAUCGAGGGAUUGUUUUAAUCGAAAUUUUUGUAAAUGCUAAAAUUUUAUAGGUGACAAGGGUGAUGCGAUAUUUUGUAUAAAUAAAUAAAUAAAUCCGUGA